UCACGUCCUAAACCGGGGGCCACCACGUGAACCCUCACCCUCCUCCCGUCAAUCUCUUUCCGUCGCCCUCCACCUUUACAUUCCCAUCCAACCCACCCUUCUUCCUUCUUCUCUUCUUUCAUCCCUCCCCCCGAGAUCGAGAUCGAGAUCGAGAUCGAGAUCGAGGAGAGAGGAAGUGCAAGCAAAAGAGCGAUCUAUAUCCAAGAAAAACAAAGGAGGAGGAGGAGGAGGAGGAGGAGGAAGUGCAUGGAAUCAGGCCCCGGGCGGUCCGGUGCGGGGGAGGGAUGCUCCUCCUCCCCCAGGGGUGACACGGAUCACCCCCCUCCGGCGCCGGCGCCGGCGCCGCCGAGCAGGUACGAGUCACAGAAGCGACGGGACUGGAACACGUUCCUGCAGUACCUGCGGAACCACAAGCCGCCGCUGACGCUGGCGCGCUGCAGCGGCGCCCACGUGAUCGAGUUCCUGCGGUACCUGGACCAGUUCGGGAAGACCAAGGUCCACAACGCCGGGUGCGCCUUCUUCGGCCACCCAAACCCGCCGGGCCCCUGCGCCUGCCCUUUAAAGCAGGCCUGGGGCUCCCUGGACGCCCUCAUCGGCCGCCUGCGAGCAGCCUACGAGGAGAGCGGCGGGAGGCCAGAGGCGAACCCCUUCGCCGCCCGCGCCGUCCGCAUCUACCUUCGUGAGGUCCGCGAGAGCCAGUCCAAGGCCCGGGGCAUCGCCUACGAGAAGAAGAAGCGGAAGCGCCAGCCGCCAGCCUCGGCUGCCGGGAGCGGACAGUCUUCUGGAGGAGGAGGAGGAGGAGGAGGAGGAGAGUCUUCUUCCGCUGCUGCUGCUGCUGCGGCUGGGACUCGUCCAGGGCGAGGUGGGGGAUCCGGUGCUCCGUCGGGUGGUUCUUCUUCUUCUUGAGUGUCCGCUGCACAAAAAUUUAAGGAAUGAAUGCUGGGGUCAUGCUGGCGAACAUGUCAACUUUCUUCAGAUGAUGAGAUGCCUGUUAAUAUAUACGGAUGCUUUGUCUGAACUCGAGAAAGUUUAUUAAAAUGUUAAGUUCUCUUUGUUGUCAGGAAUUUUAGGUUUAGCUUCUCAAGGAAGGAGUUUAGGUUAUUGAUGCCCAUCAUGUUUAAACUUGUAGGUUGUUUGGUAAAAGCCACAAUAUUAUCAUUCUUGUAGAAAAAUGUUGAAGCAUCUGAAGUGAACAAUCAAUAAUCUAAUUUAAGAUGCCCUUUUCUA